AGCCAUUGUUCAAAAUACACAUGUUGACCUUUUUGUUCAGCACUCCCGAACUCACUUGAGCCGAGAUAAACAAUGUUUCGGAUGUACUAGAGAUUUUGCAGAAUACUCAGCCAUGAUCAUUCAUCUAGAAUCUGGAAACUGCCCUUCCGGCAUGAACUGCGACCGACUAAUUGACAUUGCAGCGGAAUGCUUUCAGUCUAAAAAGUACAUGGUCAAGGGACUCAGUCGGGAGCGACGCCUGUCAAUCGACUCUGAUCUUUCAGAAUACCGCGAUUACUAUGACGAAUUUUAUGAAUGCCCCUACUGCGGCAAGUCAUUUCCCCAUGGUUUAAGCUUAAAACAACAUCUGGAAUCCACAGCUCACAGACCAUACAUCUUCAAGUGUCCUGAUCGCGAUUGCGGAGUGACAUUUAAUAGCGUUAGUGGUCUCGUCCAGCAUGUGGAAAGCGACCGUUGCGACGAGGGGAUCCGCUCAGGCACUGGUAGCAUCCAAAAGAUGCUCCGCUGGCUUUUCCUGCAGACCUGAGGCAGUUGAGGACUUUAGACGCAUCCGGGGUUGAUAGAGGCUUUCUUGUCCCGUUAGAUAUUUCUGUACUCCGUACUUGAGCGAGGCGUUCAACUUCCAGGCGA